AUGAACAACACUUAUUCUCAUAGUGAAGAUAGUGAGGACAGUCGAGAAAAUGACGGUACCCGUCAUAUGCAUACAGAUGAUACUAAUACAACGUCACCACCAAGUUACGGAUGGUCAAGUGAUGAAAAAGAAAAUAUUUCACCCGUUUGUAAAUAUUGUGGAAAAAGUUUUGCUAAUCAAUCAAAUUUAAGACAUCAUAUUGAAGUUAUACAUAAUAAAACGAAUAAAUGGAGAUGUACACUAUGUGGAAAAGUAUGUUCAAGUAAAUCCAAUUUAAAAGUCCAUUUUCGUGUUCACGUUCGUGUUAAAGUUUAUUAUUGCAAGUUUUGUGAUUAUUCUUGUAUGCAUCAUAGUUCAAUUCGAGAUCAUUUAACCAAAAUGCAUCCAGAUAAACAACAUUCAACGUUAGAACCAGGUUACAAUUUUAAUGCACAAGCAGUACCUGAACCGGAUCAAUUUAAUGGUGGUGAUUUUGAUUCAAUCGAAUUCGUUAAGAAAAAUAAUAAUAUCCGACACACACUAACACCUCGAAAUAACGUAGUACCAUCACGAUUACCCCUCUCCUCUCCAGCAGCUAAAAAACGUAAAAGUGAAUCGAAUAUUUUACAACGGCCAAGAGAACAACAAGCAUCUGUAUCACUCAGUCAACCACCCGUACCACAACAACAAGUCCGACGAGAUACAUCAACAAAUCAAGCAUAUCCAUUUUUGCCAUUUCCUGGUUUUAGUUUUGCUUAUCCGCCGUUUGCUCUAUAUUCUGGUCUCGUUCCAAGUACAUUUAUUCCAAUGUUCAAUGCGGUAGCUUCUUCUUCUAUGAACACCACCACUAGUACAACAAUAUCUUCAUCAACAGAAAACUCUGCCGUUAAUACUACUACACCAUCCUCGAGUCGAUCUUUAGGUGUAUCCAAUACUUUAAAAUCAUCCACUCCUCCAACUCCCAUAGCUGCUCAUCAAUCUCAUUCGCAGCCAACAAGUUCAAAUGGAUUUAUUCCCUAUUCGUAUUCUGUUGAUGGUCUUCUAAAUUUAACAACUGGAUCAACAGCAUCCACCUCGAAUGAUGCUGCCACCUCAUCACCAAUAUCUCCAAAAAAACAAAAACGCAAAAAGAUUGUUGAUGGAAAUUUGAAUGAUGAAAAUAAAUCAGGUUAUCCAUGUCAUCAUUGUCGAUUGUCAUUUUUUGAUAAACAAACAUUUGAAUUACAUUCUCGUCUACACACAUGCGAUGAAAAUCCGUGGAAAUGUAAAAUGUGUGGAGAAGAAACAAGAAAUGACAAGGAAUUUAUUAUUCAUAUUCUCAAAUAUAAUUACCAUUCAGUGUAA